GUGCUGACUAAACUGUCCCUGCCUCUCUCCCUCUCCUCUCAGUCUGUCGCUCCCUCGCUUUGCAGCUUCUCACACACCCUCACAGUCUCUCUACCCUCGUACCUUCACUCUGCUGCAGACAUGGCCAACGCUUUUGUGGGCACGUGGAACCUCAAGGAUAGCGAGAAGUUUGAUGAUUACAUGAAGAAGCUUGGUAUUGGCUUUGCUACACGUCAGGUUGGGAACGUGACCAAGCCCACUACCAUCAUCUCAGUGGACGGUGACAAGGUGACAGUGAAGACUCAGAGCUCCAUGAAGAACACCGAGCUCUCCUUCAAGCUGGGAGAGGACUUUGAUGAGACCACCGCCGAUGACAGGAAAGUUAAGUCCCAUGUCAAAAUAGAUGGUGGGAAGUUGGUGCACACACAGAAGUGGGACGGCAAAGAGACCAGUCUGGUCAGGGAAGUCGACGGCAACAACCUCACACUGACACUUACAAUGGACGAGGUCGUUUCCAUACGUCGUUAUGUGAAGGCGGAGUAAAACCAACACUGCAACCUUCCUCUAGCAUCUACUUGCUAAAGCCCUGCACCCCCAAACACCCCCUGGUCAAGUUAACCACUCGUAUGGCUGCUGCAGAAUUCCCUCAAAUGUCCCCUCUUACUGUACGCAAAGUAUUAACAUUACCGCUGACCUCCCUUUACUUCCUGUCCUUCUCUUUAUACGGUUGUUCCUCCUACUGUAAGAAACACUGAAUAAUUUCCAAUGAUUUAUUUUCUCUAAAAGUCCAGUUUUGCAUCUCUUUUUUUUUUUUAGAAAAUGUGUUGUGCACGGUGCCUAUAAUAAACCUGGCAAAGGUGUUUGCAUUUCAAAGGUUGUCUUUUGAGAAAAGGAAAAAAAUAAAUAAGUGUCUGCACAGUUGGGCGAACUGGUAAAACAAUGAAAA